AUGAUCAAAAUGCGAGAGAAAUGUGGAGUUAGAUAGAGCGGGAAAUAAAUCUUGAAAAUUGUCGAAUAGAAAUCGACGCAGCUGCGAGACUCAGGUGUUAAUAGCCAGACCUCCCAUGGCGAGAACCAAGCAUGCCGCUUCUAUGAAACGAAAACAAAAGCCAUCUGCCACAGAAAAAGCAGCUGCCACCGCGGCCUCACCGUCGACGGCGUCUCCCAGAACCCACUCGGCUAGCAAUAUAAGGACAAAUAAAACUGGAGGACAAGCCACAUCAUCUCAAGGAACAGCGAGGAAGCCUCAUCGUUUUAAACCAGGAACUAGGGCUCUUCAAGAGAUUCGGAAAUACCAGAAGACUACGAAUCGACUCAUCCCUGCUGCCAGCUUCAUCAGAGAAGUAAGAGCUAUUAGCUACCGAUUUGCGCCAGACAUAGGUCGUUGGCAAGCUGAAGCUUUAGUUGCAAUUCAAGAGGCAGCAGAAGAAUAUUUGAUUCAAUUGUUUGGAGAUGCAAUGCUGUGCGCAAUUCAUGCGAAGCGUGUUACACUGAUGAAGAAGGAUAUUCAGUUGGCCCGACGACUCGGUGGAAUGGGGCAACCAUGGUAAGAUCUUGCACUUUAAUCACACCCAGUGUCAAGAUUCUUAUGUUGUAUGGUACGAGAGCGUAAAUCUUCUCAAAACAAAAACAAGAAAAAGAAAAAAAAUCGGAUUCAGAUAUUCUCAAAAUAGGAAUUUAGUUGUUCUUUUGUAUGUAGCAGUUG